GAAAAAUCCGGAGCUGAAACAGCUGCGGAGGCUCUGUGCUUUCGACCUUAAAAAGGAUUUCCAAAAACCCGCUGAAAUUUUGCCGUGAAAUCGCCGGAACAUUGCCAGUUCACUUUCUCUGGCGAAGAUAUUAGGAAUCUGUUCGAAGAAUUUUCUUCUAAAAUUGGUAAUGGUUCAAAAUCUACACGGAUUCUUCGUAGCUGGAAUCCCGCGAUUCCUUUGUUGUCUUCUGCUUUGUUUGUCGAGCUGGUAAAAGUGAAUAGAACUGGGAACUGCCUUUUGAGAGGCUUCAACUGAAGAAUGAUGAGACCUCUUAAGCAAUUUUGGCUUGGUAUGAGGCAUUCCAUGAAAUAGAUGAAGAUUGUAUAGAGUGACCAAAACAGAGACUGUGAGCGAGAAGAGUUUAAGUCUCUGCAGCGAACGAAGCUCGUCAAAUCAUUGCCUGUUGAUGCAGAUCUAAUCGUUGUCGAUAGACAAGAAAGUACGAGAAGAGAAGCAGGGAACAUCUUUAAGAGAGACGUUUGAGUUUUAAAGGGAAGAAGGUUAUAUCUGUUUCAAGAGAAGAAGAGAAGGAAGCUCGUUCUCAACAGGGUGAGAGGUAAAUAAAAUAAAAACAGAAGAGGGAACAAAAGAGUAAAGGGCAACUGUGACUCUGAGAGAGAGAGAGAGGAUGUUAACAUGUAUAGCGUGUUCGAAGCAACUGGAUGAUGAUGAAGAUGUUGCGCGUGGCACUCCAAGUACGAAAGAAGCCGUCAAAAGUCUGACGGCGCAGAUUAAGGACAUGGCGUUAAAAUUCUCGGGCGCAUACCGGCAGUGCAAGCCCAGCACGGGCUCAGGCUCCAGCAGCAGCAGCAGGAAGGGCCAGAGACCUUACCCAGACAUCGAUAUGGCCUCAGAAGGGUUUCAAUAUUAUCCACAUCUGCGGACCGGGAGCUCCAGUUCGACGCCGGCGUGGGAUUUCACUAGCGUUAACAGGGAGAACCUGGGUAUGGGGUCAGACUCAAGGUUUAAAGGGAUGAUGUCAAGCGGUGAUCGAACCCCUGGAGGGCUAGAAUCCGUGUUUGCACAGUCUUUCGAUGUAGUACUUGUCGACGAGGAUGAGCCCAAGGAGUGGAUGGCCCAAGUUGAACCUGGAGUUCACAUUACCUUUGUUUCUCUCCCUCAGGGUGGGAAUGAUCUAAAGAGAAUUCGCUUCAGCCGGGAGAUGUUCAAUAAAUGGCAAGCCCAGCGAUGGUGGGGGGAGAACUAUGAUAGAAUCAUGGAGCUCUACAAUGUCCAGAGAUUCAACCGUCAAGCUCUUCCUACGCCUCCCAGGUCUGAGGAUGAGAGAGAUUCGUCCUACUCAAGAAUCGGAUCUGCAAGGGAAAGCCCCGUAACUCCACCAUUAAGCAAGGAACGUACACCAAGGCACUUUUAUAGACCACCUAGCAACAAAGGGUACUUCCCUUCUGACCCACUAGAGCACGGAGGCCAACACUGUGGCGCUGGUCCAAGUGCCUAUGGCUAUGGCGCAGGAUUCAAGGGAGAGACAUCUUCCGUCGAUGCAUCACGAACGACAACCUCGUCCAGAGAUGAAGCCUCUGUUUCUAUUAGUAAUGCCAGUGAUCAAGAGACGGAGUGGGUCGAGCAAGAUGAACCCGGUGUAUACAUUACUAUCAGACAAUUGCCGGAUGGCACCAGGGAGCUCCGGCGCGUCAGAUUCAGCCGCGAAAGAUUUGGUGAGGUGCAUGCAAAGAUGUGGUGGGAAGAGAAUAGAGAAAGAAUACAAGCCCAGUACCUCUAAAUUAUUACUUUCACAUACACACACACUGCAUCGUUAGGUGGGAGAAUUGAAAACACAGGUAUCCUUCAGUAUAUGAGAACUGAUACACGGGCAUCCUCAAACUCUAUAUUUGUCUUCCUCGAUGGAUCCUUCAUCACCUGAGAAUUAACCAAAAGCGAUUCGCCGAUUCCUUUGUUAAUUAGUUUUACUGUUUACGUUAUUGCUGCCACCACUUUGUAAAAUUUUUCGGUCUUGCUCUCUUUGUGAGUUUUGGCCUUGUGGUAGAUGGGUUAAAUGGGUGUCUCUUGUUUGACAAAGAGGCCUUUGUCUUCCAUAUUUACACAAUCAGAGCGUGUAUUUUGUAACACACCUUUUUUUGGAUGAGAAAUGGAUUGGGUUCAUUGAUGGUAUCACCUAUCACGACGCUAUGUUGUAGAUUUCAUCAUGGGCUGACAACCAUACUCGGCUUUCAUGUAUAUGUACGGGAGAAUCAGAAACCAAUCAGCAUCUUAGAGUUUGAGAACUUGGCAAGACAAAAAGGCAUGGAGACAUGGGCAUGUCUACAAGAGAGUUAAUCCUGUCAGCGGAUUGGGGGUGAAGUGCUGGAACCUAAUAAUGGACAUGUCUAGUAAAAUUACUAGAUUAUCCAUCAUUUUGUUAUUUUUCAUCAUAGAAUCUCAAAUGGAUAAUCUAUCAAUUUUACCUUCGGCGCGGAUUUUGGGGGUAAAGGCUGGAAUCCAGAAAUUUGAGAGGGUCUUUAUUGAAGAACAACGUUUGGACUUUGGAGGGCUAUGUUUUACCACCCCUAAUUACAGGGUGUCUAUUUUGUAAGAAAAGUGCCAUUCAAUGUCUAUAUUAGUCAUUCAUUUAUGUCAAAUACUCAAAUAAGCAAUGAGAAUUGAAAAGAAUGAUGUGUAUUCCACAA